AUGCUUUGGCUGACGCGUCGUCACGCAGACCAGACUAUGAGCUUGCUCAUAUUUCAACUGUCGUCUGUGACGGAUAUGAUCCGCACCACGUAUGCGGGUGACGGGAUGUGUGAAGCGCUGCAACGGGCUCUCGGGAGCAAGGAGUUUGGGGACUCGGACAAGAAAUUAUCACUAAGACUGCGUGCACGAUUGCACCGAUAUUGUCUUGUUGGAUCCCAAGCUCGUUGGCCCGUAGACAAGCCGUUUGAGAAGAUCGUCCCACCACCGGCAGACGAUACAGAGGACAAUGCCACAUCGAUCGUUGCUGAAGUUCGUCUGGAUAGCCACGAGCAGUGGCUGGAAAAGCUUGAGAAAACUGCUGGUGCUGGGCUAGAAGAACUACAAAAGCAAAGUAUCGAAGCGAGCAAAAAAACGGAGCAGGCAGCAGUUGCCCGUCGAAUUGCUGCCGACCGCAGAAAGCGCGAAGAAAAGGACGUAAGCUCGAAACACUUGCAGAACUUUUUUAAUAAUCUACUUAGCCGGCCGGAGAAGACUAAGUCUUCUCGGUCACUUACUGACAAGAAGUAG